UUCCGCGAUCGAGCCUCGAUCACUCGUAAAGCUCGCGUUGGAACAGCCGGGCAAUUCGAGGAUCGCGAAUACACUCGAUCACAAUCCAUGCGGUUCCCUUGACCGGCCGAGUCCGAAACUCCGCACCUUCCUCGAGAGAGAGAAAGCAUUCUCGGUGAAUCGGACAACGAAAUUCCCACCAGAGCUACAGUGAGGCUUUCCGAUGACGAUCGCGCAAACGCGAACGUGAUCUACGAUCUACGCUCUCUUGAAAGAGGCCUACGUUCGUGAUACGAAAGAGUUAAACCGGCCGAACGAUACUCCUGCGCGAAAUACCUCGCUCGUCGCGCUCGUUGGAGGAGCGAAAUGGGGACGUUUGUGAGAAUUUGGGCGAUUUUCAGUCUGAUCGCUUUGUCGCACGCCGAGUCAUCAUCGGUGGAAGUAUUGACAUCCUCGAGUGGUCUCGGCACCUUCGAGGAGGAGGCUAUACUUCGCGUGCUUUCGCGCAACAAGACCGACACGACUAAGAAUUUCACUUUCGUCGAGUUAAUCAGCAGCCUUGGUAAUUACACGAUAGACACAGAGAAAGAUAUAUGGAGUGACGACAGGCCGGAAGUGCAUCACACGAAUCCGCACUAUGAGGACUUUCCCGAGAGAAUCGAUCUCGAGGCACGCAGAUUAUUGCAAAUCCUUCCCCCGUACGAUCCCGGUGCGGGAGGCGUCAGCGCGACAUGCAAACGACACGCCGACAUCUUUCACGAGGAGCUCGCGAAGUUCACGCUAUGGGCGCUCAAAAUGUACGACGCGACCGCGAAAGUGCCUUCCGGCCUGCUGAGCGGGAACGUUAAUCAAUUGGGCGAUUUCGACGAGUGCGUCGGUGUCGAGGGCAAGGAUGGCAUACGGGGACAGUAUUGUCUGGCGUACUUGCAGCUGGACGUCGACCAGUCUCGGCCGGACCUUAAAUACUUGCAUCGCCUGCUGCAUUCGCAUUAUGCGUUUCGCAGCAACAUGACCGACCCCGGUCACAGAGUACCGCGUUUUAGCAGCGUCAAUUGGGCUAUAUGCACUCCCGCGUCAUGUACGGCCCAAGACGUGAAGGCCUCUCUUCAACAUGCCAUCUCGAAGUACACAGCUCAAACUGGUCUCAAAAUCUCGCUACAAGUGGACCAGAACAUGUGCCAAGUGAAAGAAGAAUUCGUUCUAUCAAAAGCUACUAUCGCCACCAGUCUUCUCUUCGUCACCGUGUUCGUCCUGACUCUCGUAGCCGCGUACUACGAUCAUUGCAAAAUACCGGUCAGCGAAUUGCUUUUAUCGUUCUCUUUGAAACGCAACAUUCUGAAAUUAUUGUCGUUGGAAAGACCGCAAGGCGACAUAGCGCCGCUCCACGGUAUUCGAUUCUUGAACAGCCUACUGCUGCUCACAGCUCACAAGAGCAUGGCGGUAUUCUUUAUCCCUUACAUGAACCGAACUUACAUGAGUGAGUUUUUAGGUAAACCGUGGACCGUCCUAGGAAGAGCGGCCAGUCUGUAUACUGACCCGUUCAUCAUGCUAUCCGGUUUGUUAACCACGUAUUCAUUCGUGGGUAGGUUGAACAGGACCGGAUCUUUAGACAUCAAGAACGAAUAUUUAUCGCGCUUGCUAAGGCUAGUGCCAACUCUAGGAGCGCUGAUAUUGUUCUGUACUUAUAUUAUGCCGUACAUCGGAUCUGGACCGCAGUGGCCGCUGGUGGUGACCAGUCACGCGGAAAUAUGCAAGAGAACAUGGUGGAGGAAUUUUUUGUUUAUUCACAAUUAUUUCGGAUUCGAGAAUAUGUGUCUUACGCACACGCAUCAUGUAGGAAUAGACACGCAACUGUUUGCGAUUUCACCCGUGAUGGUGUUGCUCUUGUACAAAAGGCCAAAGAUCGGCGCUAUUAUACUCGGUAUAAUAGCCUCGAUAUCUACGAUAUUAAGAUUCUACGUCACAUAUACGAAAGAUCUCAAUAAUUACGUGUACUUCGGCACGUCGAUAAGACAAUUAUUCGACACUGCGGAUUAUUCCUACACGUUACCGUCGCACAGACUGACCGUUUACAUCAUCGGUAUCUUCGCGGGUUACUUGCUGCGGCAUAUACCCAAGGAUUACAAACUGGGCACAACAGCCUUCUACACAGGCUGGACCGUGUGCAGCCUGAUGUUUUUGGCAGCUUUUCUCGGGCCCUCUAAAAUGGGUUCUAUCGAUUACGUGUACAACCCAAUUCACGCGGCUACUUACAACGCGUUCGCUCCUAUCGGAUGGUGCGGCCUAUUCCUUUGGAUAGCGUUAACGCAACAUACCGGCAGCUCGAACGGGCUCUUGAACAGAUUAGCCUCUUGGCGAGGAUUUCUCGUUACUACGAGGAUUAGUUAUGCCGUCUAUUUAACACAAUUUCCGAUAUUUUUCUACAAUGUUGGACAAACCCGCACCGCGGAGCACUAUGAAUUUUUCAGGAUAAUGCUCAAUAUAAAAGAAAUAGCAUGGAUUCUUUUCAUGUCAAUAGUUCUCACGCUGCUGUUCGACACACCGUUUCAGAAUAUAAAAAAUUAUAUAUUGAAAAAACCGGCGUCGAAAAAGGAUAUAACGAAAUCAUCCAAAAUGGAAUAAUUUUAUUUUAAUUUUGUCUUGAUUUAGACUUAAAUAUUUUAGCUUGACUUACAAUAGCUUGUCUACGGCUUUGUACAUAGUGUUUUUUAAUUAAAUUUUUAAUAAUUAAUGUAUAACGUGUAGACAAAUUACGGGGUAUGAAAUAUUAGGGUAUGAAAUAUUAGAAAAAAUUGAGAAGAAAUUAUUUUGUAAAAAAUUAAAUUUUUAUAAAGUAGGAAAGUAAUUAGUGAAAUGCACACAAAUGAAGUGUGCUUAUGAAAGUUUUUUUUUUAUUAAUUAAUUAAUUAAUAUCCACCGACCCCACUGCGUAAUUAAAAAUAUAUUUGCUACACUUUUAUACAGUUCUAAAUAUGGCCAUAAAAAUAAUUGUAAAUAUUAGUUUCUCGUUAAUUCUCGUAUAAUUAAUAAACUUAACAUAUAGAAUAUUACUUUUUAGUCUUUUUACACUCAGGCAAUAUCGUACCAGGUAAUAUAGUAUAAUUCAUGAUGCGUACGGAUUGGCAUUGCAAUGCUUCAAUCCGUCUUCUCGUAUAAGCAAUGAAGAUACCUAAUAAUAAUGUAGAAUAAUAAACAUUUAAAAAAUUAAUAGUAACAAAGAGGCAAAUAUUUUUAUUCAGGAUAUCUUGGACGCUAAAAUGUGAUUAUUGUUAAUAGUAUUAAUACACAUUUCAUAUAUU